CGGGAAUGGUACAACCCAGAAGUAGAGUUUUUUUUCAACCCGGAACUAAAAUGAAUACGCGGGAAACUUGACCGGGGUUGCAUUAGCUAGCUCGCGAGUACACAACUCAAACUAAACUUGGAAUUCCAAAAUGAGUACCAGAAAGGGAAGAGGAGCCAAGGCAGCACCUGUUCCACCAAAUGACAACAAGAAAGGGUUGUCUCUUGAUUCCCCCGACCUGUCUGCCAUCGAUAGAGAACAUUUUUUUGAAGGACUCCAACAAAACAACAGUAACCCUCUCCAUAGUACUGCCAUUGAAGAAGAUUUGAAACCACCAAAAGAAGGCCAUACGCAGAAAGGCAAAGCAAAGACAAAAGACUUGACACAGAAAGUGAAAGAUGUUGUGAAAACCAGACCCAUUAAAUCAAGAACGAACAAACAAACCACUCCAGGUUUUCCUGUUCUUAAACAGCUGAUUGGGAAGAAGCCUGCCAAGAAGAGUGUCCAACUCACGUCUGCAGCCAGGCAUUUGAAUGAUCAGCAAAUGAAGACCAAACAGAAGAAAAAGACUGUGCCAGGCAGAGAAGGGUCCAGUCAUCCACAGGAGGAGUCAGGUUACAGCACUAAAAAGAGACGCGCUAACGUCCUGUCCUCUGAUGAGGGAACAGACGAGGACACAAUCUGGAACCCAAGUACAAAAAAAGCAAAACUGCACAGUGUGAAGAGAACCCAAAAUACCUCCGCAGGUAAAAAAUCAUCCCCAGCCGACAAAGACUUGAAGGCCGAGAAGAAAAGUCUAAGAACUCGCGGAGGAACCGAGUUGGAGGCGAUAUUAAACGCCUUCCUGGAUUACUGUGGCAAUUACAAGGAUUGUGUAGCAUCUACAGCAGUCAAGCACUCCAUUGCUUGUUUCUCCAACAAUGUAAAGGAACAACUACUUGAAAAGAUUUCUUCAUGUAAAGAGCUACAGGUUCUGAAACGGGACAAUGCUAAGGUGGGCUCAAUCAUCCAUAAAAAGAAGCAGAAACUUUUAGAUGCCAAGAAUGAGCUAAUAAGUGCAGAGAGGCAAGUGAGGCUACUGCAGAAAGAGAAAGCUGACCUUGAACUCCGAUUAGAAGAUAUGAAACGAAGCCAAUCCUUCCUCCGAGAUCUUCGAAAGCUCAACGGAGUGUACUUGAAGUACCGGAGAGCUCACCCUAAAGAGAAAGAGACAUAUGGAGCAUCGAGUUUAGCAGCUCUACUGCUCGAGACUAAGUGUAUUCAAAGAGCAGAGAGAGGCAUCGAUAACCAACUGGAGAAACGCUGAAGGGGAGAUAAUAUGCAGCAACAUAAACCAAUAUAGGAAACUCAACCAAACACUUGUAUUAUUCUUAACUAUAGAGAGUACCAGUAGAGGUUUUUUUUCAAUACAUAAACAUGCAAGAAAUCCUGUAGAAAACAAGCCACAUGGUGCCGUAUUACGAUCCAG